CACCAAUUGAAAUCGGAGCAAGUGUGUUUUCCUCGAGUUUCUUUAUGUUUCAUGAGACGCCCUCGGCUCUCCUCUCUUUUCACCCUUCCUUCGACCAGGGAGAGAGAGCGGCGUCGUGAGAAAAGGAGGCCAUGAAGAGGGGGGGGAAGGGCUCUACGAGGCGGUCGCAGGACAUGCACUCUGUCCUGUUCAACCAGAGGAGCCUCACCAGUGUGGAUUCAGUUGUCGUGCCAGAGACGCCCACCAACCUCACCUGUGCGCGUCCCAGCACUGCCAUGCCCUCCAUGACAUCAGUGAUGGAGACCCCAGAGAAUGAGGUGGGAUGUGGGGCACAGGGCCUGUCCCACACCCAGAAGGAAGCCCUGGUUGGCGGGAGCACUGCCACUGAGGUCCCCCCAGACAGCAGCAGUGACAGGGAUGAGAUUAAUGACUCGACUGUGCUAGAUAUUACCCCCGACCUCAAGCUGGGCAAGCGGAGGAACCUCAUGUCUAUCCUGGAGUCGGAGGACUCCUUUGCCCGUUCACUCAAAUCCCAGCGGACCAAGAACAGUUCCAUGCUCUCGGGCAUCCAGGCAGUUGGGCAGCAGCCCGAGGGGGAUGACUUGGACCUGUUUGUGGUGUCGCCUGUUAAGAAGAGCAAACGCAGGAAGUCAGCAGCCCACGUGAUCAUGCCCUUUGACCUGAAUGACUCAGAGUCCCUCUCCAGCAAGCUGAGGACCAUUGAGGAGGGCGAGCGCAAGGCCAGACGUUCUGUGGGGGGGCUGGGAGUGGAAUGUCCGGGCAGCGAGAAGAGGCGUUCGGUUGCAAGGGCAGGAAGGGCCAUAGGGAGGAGGAAGAGCCUCAUUGUCCCCUUGAGUGCAGAUUCCUCUGAGGAUGAAGUGGUCUUCAACACUCAGAGGAAGAACUCAGAGCCCAGAGGCAGCUACUCAAAGGAAGGUGGCACUAAGAGGAAUGCCGUCUCGAAAGGCACUGCAAAUAGUGGAAUUAACAACAACAGCCGGAACGCCCAGAACAGAAGCGGUGAUGCCACCAAGAUAUUUGACAGCGAGGACCUGGACUUGACCCCCAUUAAGACCUCCAGCCAAGAGACCUCCAUCCAGAACAUCAUUGCCGGCCUGGACUCGCAGCCGACCGCCAUGGAUGAGACGCUACCCCAGGCCCUGCCUGUUGGCUGUGGGGUUGCAGGGAUGAGCUUCCAGAACUUCAGCACGCGCUCCUUCAGGCUGCUCCAGGCCCAACUCCCAGGGGAGGCAGGGGGGGCAGGAGGGGGGGUGAAGGCUGCAGGAGGCAAGGGUGAUUCAGGAGGAAGGCACACGGACUGGAUGGAGCCGUCAGAGGCAUCGGAGUCUGCAGCGACAGAGCCAGAUGUGACUGUCAUUCUGCGAGGCGUCAUUGCCUAUGUGGAGGUCCGGAUGGGCAGUGACAACCGGUCGCAGGUCAUCAAGGAGCAGCUGAAGGUCCUCGGGGCAGAAGUGAGAGACAGGCUGAGCCCAGACACCACACAUGUAAUCUUCAAGGAUGGUUCCAAGGCAACCUUCAACCGGGCCCAGAAACGUGGACUGCACCUCGUAUCCUCACUGUGGCUUGAGGCGUGCAGGGAAAAGCUGCAACGCGUGCCGGAAGCCCUCUACCCCAGUUGCUCCAUCGACACCUACAAAACGCCAUUCUUCCUGGCCAAGAAGCUCCGGAUCCGCUGUGUGACCAGUGGCAGGAAAUUGGCCCCUCAGGUAGCCUUGCUUCUAAAUUAA